UAAACCAGCAGGGAGCGGAAUCGCCCACCGCCGGCCGUACGUGUGCGCCCGCCGUCGAGGGCCGCGUGCUCCGGUGCUCGGUCGUUCGGCCGUGCUGCCCGGCUUCGCUUGGGCGCCAUGGCGCUCGGCAACAUCGCCAUCGUGCUCGGCUCUGGAUAUCUCAGCACUGUUCUUACAGGAGGCGACGCCAAGAAAGUCCCCAUCAUCGGGGACACGCUUGCCCAUUUUGUGAAGAACACCGGGAAGGCCGGGACACAUGACGGUAGCGAUCAGUUGGCAUCUCAGCUCGACAGUAUCAGGGAUGAGAUACAGCAAGCCGUACGCCGCAGAGACGAGAAUGUUACGGUUAUCUCCGACACAUCAGGGUCUGGUUCGUAUACCGUAAUGGCAAUUGUUGUUGCUGGGCUUAUCGGCUACGCAUACGUCAGGUGGAAGGGUUGGAAGAUUUCGGACAUGAUGUGGGUGACGAAGCGCGGUCUGGCCGAUGCUUGCGAUGUCGUGGGUAAACAGUUAGAUGAUGUUUCAAAUACAGUACAGGUUACCAAGAAACAUCUCGCUGGAAGGAUCGACCGGGUCGAUGCUAAUCUAGACGAAACACAAGAAAUUAUCGAAGGGACAAGGGAUGAGGUCGCAGUGAUCCAUGUGGAUCUGAGCGCCUUUCAGAAGGAGCUCCAAGAAGUCAGCCGUACGGUUGAGAUAUGGGGGUCAAGGCUGUCUGGUAUCGAGGACACCCAGGAUCGUACCGUGCGUGCAACCGAAGCCUUGGUUGGGUUCAGCCAACAACUGGAACAUGGUGGUGGAUAUUCGCCAGGCAAGUCGUCGGUCUAUCUUAUGCAAUUCUUUACUGGCGUGUUGCUUACAUGA